UCGCCGUUUUUUGUAUAAAUGCUUGGUAGUGAGUGCUAGAGCAGUGAUACACAGACUGCUACCUCCGACGGUGCGAUACGACCAGGAGAAAAGCACAAUGAAGAGCUCACUUUUCUGUUUCGCGGCUGCUCUGACACUCGUCGCAAUGUUACAUUCGACUGUCGCUGAGGAGAGGUGCGCAAAGCAUCUCUGUCUACCUCGGAACCAAUGUGAGAGCUUCGCACGGGCCGGAUAUUGUCCAACUCCAGGACAUAGUUGCUGUAGAGAAGUUCGCGAUGAAUAUAGAACCAAAUGUAGGCAAUUUGGUGGUGAAUGUGUGACUCACAGAUGCAAUAAACGUCUCAUUGCCCGUGAAGCUCAGGACUGCGGCUCCAAUGAAGUUUGUUGUAUUCUAGUUAACUAAAAAUUAUAACUAAAAUUGUUAAGUAAUUAAUUUAUGUAAUUUACCAAAUACAAUUGAUUAUCAAGUGCAAA